AUGGGUAGUUCUGCAAACAGCUCCGGGCUGGUAGUGCUCUCAUUCACAGAGCUGAAACCUUGCUGCGAUGUGGGCACUCAUGCUCCCACCCGCAUCUCUGUCCUUGAGCCCUUUUACAGUUCAAGGUGUACAGCUUACUUGAACGGGCAGCUACAGGAUUUCAUUGGCCGUGCGCCAACAAGGCGCAUGCCAGAUGCAACCACAUCGACAAGCUGGCGUAUGCCACGAUCUUCGCCAGGUCGCCAAAGUGCAGCGACGUGGACUUCAUUUUCAAAGGGCUCGGGCUCGACUUUGAAGAAUUCAAGGGCAAGCACUGGUGGCAGAAAGGAGUUGACCUCCACAUGGUCUCCUGGAACUGCCCAUGGGCAUAGCCAUUUUCAGGAUUUGCCGAGAAUUUCAGAGCAAAUCAGGGUGUGCGUCAGAAUACGUCCACUGACAUCUGAUGAGGCGAACAACGGCGAGCUUCCAAGCAUUGUUCCGGGUCCGCAGGGAAGCGGGCUCUUGAAGCUGCUGCUGGUGGAGUCCAUGACUUCAACAAGCAGGAUGAACCGAGCCUCUCAAUCAAGCAUGUUUCAAAGCUUCUCGAGCUUGUCCAGGAGCUGGCCUCGGACCUGGGAGUUCGACUGGGUGCUCUCCGGAAGGGGAUCCCAGGCUGCUGUCUACAACUUGUUUGGGCAGCACUUGGUGCAGAAUGCAGUGGGAGGCUUGCACUGCUCCGUCAUUGCAUGUGGGCCAUCGAGCACAGGAAAGAGUCACACCAUCUUUGGAGGCCGUCCACAGGAGCAGCAAGGUCUUGUUCCUCGUCUGGCAGAGGGCAUAUUCAGGGUGCUGCGAGCUCGCGGCGAGAAGCACAUCGUUAAGUUUUCGUACCUGGAGCUGUACAACGAGCGCAUUCAAGACCUUCUACGUCCUGGGAAGGCCAAAGCUCCAGCCUUGGAGGUCCGGCAGCAUCCCCGCGUGGGCGUCUUCGUCGGCAGCACUGAGCCAAGUGCUUCUAGUGCAGUCCGUCAGUGUGCAUCUCUGUGUCAUGUGACCCUUGAAAUCUGCAGCUGGUUCAAGGGACGUGAGUAG